AUGCGAAAGGUAUCAUGGAUCAGACAUCGGGACCUGCACAUACUGACGGCGGGCGGCUACACGUACACGUCGGACCAGCGCUUCCAGGCGACCCACUCCCCUCAGACGGACGACUGGACGCUGCACAUCAAGUGGGCCCAGCAGAGGGACGCCGGCGUCUACGAGUGCCAAGUCUCCACUCAGCCAGUCCGCUCCUUCUUCGUCACAUUGCACGUUGUCGAUUGUGACGAGAUAUAUCAGAGGAUGUUUUCCGACGCAGUGCCGUCAGCCCGCAUCUUGGGCGGGCCCGACCUGCAUGUGGACAUCGGCUCCACUAUCAACCUCACCUGCGUGAUCCAGUUCAGCCCAGAGCCGCCAGCGUACAUAUUCUGGUACCACGAGGACGAGGUGAGCGGACGCAAACAGGUGAUAUCGUACGACUCGACACGCGGCGGCGUCUCGGUGGUGACCGAGAAGGGGGCGGCGACCACCUCCUACCUGCUGCUGCAGGACGCGACGGCCGAGGACUCCGGCCGCUACUCGUGCUCGCCGUCCAACGCGGAGGUGGCCUCCGUGAGGGUGCACGUGCUGAACGGUGAGCGGCCAGCGGCGAUGCAGACGGGCUCUGCUGGCCUCUCGAACAGCUCCAAGUGCAUCGUGGCGCUACUCGCUGCCGGCGUGCUGAGGGCGCGGCUGUUACGCGCCCAACUCACCAGC